AUGACUUCCUCUGGCUACAACGAGUUUAUACUGACACACGUCUUCGAAAAUGUCUCAAGUCUCAAAGAAGGAGAAAAUAAUUACAGUGAUGUAGAAGAACAUUUCGGUGUUCCCUGGUGUUUGUCUGCUUCUCGAAGAAGUCCAGGUUUUGCUAUCUUUUUAUAUUGCGAUAAAAUGUGUAAGGAAGGAAACUGGUCAAUCGAUACAGAUUUCGAAAUAAAAAUAAUGUCUGUAAAUGGAAAAAUGAAUUCGAAAAACGCAUCUCGUUGUUUUCAAAGUUCUGAAGAUAUGCUAAAAGCUGAUGGUGUUGGAUGGGUCAAUUUUAUCGAAUGGGAUCAAAUGGAAAAAGAUUACGCAGUGGAUGAUAAGAUAUUUGUGGAAGCUCGUUUCCUCGCUUCACAAUCCACCUAUUUCAAAUCACUUUUUUUGGGAAAUUUCGAAGAAUCGAAGAAAUCUGAAAUUUCUCUCGCUGACGUCAACUCGGAAGACUUUCAGAACUUCCUAGAAGUUCUACAUGGAGAAGAUGCUGUUAAUGAUGAAACUGUCGACGGAAUUCUGAGCCUUGCCGAUAUGUAUGAUGCUCCUACCGCGAUUAGACGAUGCGAACAGUUUAUGAUUGAAAAAUCCGAGAAAUCGUUUAAAACCAAAUUGCAAAUGUCGACUCGUUAUGAAGAAAAUUUCUGUCUCGUGAAAAUCAAAACGAAAGAGGAUAUUCGAUCAGUGUUGCCAGGAGAUCUCAGCGAACUAGAUCCAUCCGUCUCGUCGCAUCUUAUGCAUUUGUUCGCUUCACUCGCUUAA